UGCCUAUGGAUAACGCUUCGAUCUGCUGACACCUGGAGAGACUUAAAUUUGAUUAAAACUCGAAAACAGAUGGCUUAUUUAAAAGCAUGGCGUAAAAGGAAGGCAGAAAUGGAUCAGUUGCUGCAUUCUGACAGUGAUGAUGACCAUGAAAGUCAGCGAUCAGUGACCGAUACGCGUGGAUUAGGAUUACAUAACCAGGCUGACAGUGGGAGCAGUUUUGAAAGUAUUAAUUCUGAAAUUGACAGUUUGGCAACAGAUGAUUCAGACUUUGACACUGAUGUGGAGUAUGUGUCUUCUGACUCAGAAAAAGAAGUUCUAAAUGAUGACGCUGAAUUGGAUUUUCCUGAUUUAGAAGAAAAUUUAAGACAAUGGUCUACAAAGAACAAAAUCACACAAAUAUCCUUAAAUGAAUUAUUGACAAUAUUAAGAAAGCAAGGACACCUGCUACCGAAGGAUGCAAGGACACUCCUUGCUACACCACGAGCCAUAGAAUCUGAGACAAAAUGUAGUGGGCAAUACAUCUAUUAUGGGUUGGAAAAGGGGAUUUGCCAUUUACUAAGUCAGACAUCGUCUUUCAAACAUGAUCAUGACUCAAUAAACCUCAGCAUAAAUAUUGAUGGUGUCCCUCUCUUUAAAAGCAGCAAAGUCCAGUUCUGGCCAAUACUGGCGAAGUUUCACAACUUUGAGCCAUUUGUUGUGGCUCUCUUUUGUGGGGACAAGAAACCAUAUCCUCUUGAGGAAUAUCUAGAUGACUUUUUGAUGGAGUGUAAACAUCUCGCAGACAAUAGAAUGAUGCAUGAAGAGAAGACCUACAAUGUUCAUAUUGCAGCAUUGAUCUGUGAUGCACCAGCAAGAGCUUAUCUGAAGCGCAUUAAGAACCACAAUGCCUAUCACAGUUGUGAGAGGUGCAUCACCAAAGGUUCUUACGUCACAAGAAGAGUGGUAUUUAAUGAACAGGGAUGCCCCAUGCGAACAGAUGAAGCUUUCAAUGCAGUAGAGUACAAGAACCAUCAAACUGGUGCCAGCCCCUUCAUUGCUGCAGGAAUUUCAUGUAUUAGCUCAUUUGUUUUAGACUAUAUGCAUAUGGUCAACUUGGGAGUAGUUCGACGGAUGCUAAUAUUCUUGACUCGGGGCCCAACAAUUUGCCGCUUAUCUGUAAGGCAAAAGGAAAAAAUAUCACAAAAUCUAAACGGACUUAGAGGACGGAUGCCCAGUGAAUCUGCACAUCAGCCCCGGGGUCUAGAAGAGCUGGAUAGGUGGAAGGCCACAGAAUUUCGGCAGUUUUUGUUGUACACAGGACCAGUUGUACUGAAGAAUGUGUUAUCUCCUGAACGAUACUACCAUUUCCUGUCCUUGACAGUAGCCAUGUCAAUCAUGUUGGAGUCAGAUGAGAGUCCUCGAAAUGCAUACCUUCAAUAUGCCCAUGAACUCAUCUCACACUUUGUCAUCCGCUGUGCUGACCUUUACGGAAAGUAUUUUUCCGUGUACUAGGGAUGCUCCGAUACACCUUUUUUGCUUCCGAUACCGAUUCCGAUACCUGAGAUUCAGUAUUGGCCGAUACCGAGUACCGAUCCGAUACUAAGGUAACAUUUUUAAAGUGCACAAUUACUUAAUAAACUGUGUGCAUUGCUGUGCAAGACAUCAAGCUCGACUUAACAUUAAUUUCCUGACCCCGUAAAACAAAAUAACAAACAAAUGAUUCACAAAUUUUGUGAAUUACUUAUUAAACCAGCAAAAUAAAACAAAAUGUUCACUAUCUUAAACUUGAAAUUCAAAAUUAAAGUGCAAAUUAAGCAGCUGAAUAAAACAACAGCUUCACUAGCUUGAUAGACAAGUAUUAAUAAAUGGAAACAAAAUCUCUUAAUAACUGUUAUGUGCAAAUAUAAUUUAAAAAAUCAAUGCACAAUAAACAAUAAAGCAGCUGAAAUUGAGCAAAAAAGCAAUAGCUUCACUGCUUUAGAUAUUCAAACAGGAAUCAGUUCUUUUUAAUGCUUUAGUCAUUAAAGCAAAGUCCACUAAACUAAGCUAAAGUUUAGUGGAAAUCAAAUUUAACAUCCAACACCGAAAGAUAGAUAAAACACUAGCUUCCCUAGCUUGUGCUGCACAUGUAAAAAUAAACGGAAAAAGAUAUAAUAGUUUAGUCGGUGCAAAUAGAAAUUCAAAGUCAAAUUAUCCACAAAACUCAGCGCAUUGACAUCUUUAUUUUUUUCGUAUACAUGUUUGCAGACUUUUUGGUACAGUUCAGGUCUCAGUUACGCUUCACAAUGUCGUACCACGGCUCCAGGUGGUUUAUAAGGAGUCUGAAGCCAUUGUUCGCAACGACGGACAGCGGUUGCAAAUCCAUUACCAUGAAAUUCAAAAUGCUUUCAAUGAUUUUCGCUGCUUUCACACUACUAGAUGGAAAUUUCUGAAUUAUUUUCGUUGUCUCCUCCAAAGUUAGCUGCUUCGUACCGUCUCGUUUUAGUUUCUUCAGCUUAUUGAACUCGGCGUGCUUAAAUUAGUAGUAUUAUAAUGAACAGCUUUAUCACCACCCCUCGGAACAUUUACCUCUCAUGUAUUGCAAACAGCGGUGUAACUUGUUGGCGUAGCUGUUCUAAAGUAAAUCUAAAUGGCAGAUAUUUUUUUGUCGCUCCAUGCUGUUCGCUGCUCAAUGUAAGCUAUGUUCGCUUGUUCACGCACACUACGUAAAGAGCACGUUGCUAGCGUAUGAUGUCACACGCUUCGCAAAGCACAGCCACGAGAGAGUUUAAGCGCCGGUGUCUCCAGGAACUUUUACAUCGCCUAGCAGAAAUUUUAUGUAAGCUAGAUCGGGUAUCGGUGCAAUUUUUUCACCGAUACCCGAUCUAGAAUUUUAUUCAGUAUCGACGCCGAUUUCCGAUACAAAUAUCGGAUCGGAGCAUCCCUACCGUGUACAAUGUACAUGGGCUGACUCACCUUCAUGAGGAUGUCCGUCACUUCAAUUGCUCACUGAAUGAUAUUUCCGCUUUUCCAUUUGAAAACCAUCUCCAACAAAUCAAGAAACAUGUACGGAGUGGAAAAAAUCCCCUAGCACAGGUGACCAGGCGAUUAUCAGAGAUUGAAUAUGCAAACGCCAACAAGGGCAAAGCACAGCCUGAAGCACAACCUCGAAUGUUUGUAUCUACAAAGGUAAAGGACUGUUGUUUUCUCUUGCGAGAUGACAGAUUUGCUUUCAUCAGAGAAAGAAAACAUGGAAUUGUGGUAUGCGAUGUCCUGCACCAGCGUUACACAUCAGUGUUGUUUGAAAAGCCAUGCAGCUCCAAACUGCUAAAUAUUGUCUACGCAAGAAAUGAGCGAGGCAGGAUGAAAAGACAACAACUGCUUGAAACCGAUCUGUUCCGCAAGGUGGCCUGCCUCCCUCAUGAAAAUGGUGGUUCUGUCCUCAUUCCUCUUCUCCAUGGUAUGGAACACAGAAUUUAAAGAUCAUGGUGUUUGCGAGGGCUGUGUGGGUGGAGCAUGGCAAGGAAGUGGAAGGAACUGCCCCAGACAACUGGAUUGAUGUUGACAACAAAAUUAUUAGAUGGCCAAAAAAAGGAGAAAAGGCAGCUUUCCUCAAUCAACACACACCACAGGAUGACUGGAUGACAUUCACUUUGGUGAAGCGUAAAAUGACCUCCAUUAGCAUUCGUGAAUGCGAUGAUUAUGACCUGACAAGCCAUGUCGAAGAGGAAGAGGACGAAAAUGAGAAAUUAGAUGGGAGGAAAAAGACCAAACGCAAGUUUGAUGACUAUGUUCUUGAAUCUGACGAUUUGGAGGAGGAAGAAGAGAGCAUGACAGGUGCCAUUAUCACGGCGCCCUCCUUUCCCAUUCCACCAACAAAGGUUUCAGAUGGAGUCUAGUGGAUCCAGGAAAAAGCUCCCUGUCAGCUCUCAGCAGGUGCAGGGUGCUGGGUCCAGGGACAGGUCCACAGGCAACCCUGCCAAUUCAAAUGUUAACCGAGCCAGCCAGUCGAAGGGUGCUGGGUCAAGUCAUCAGUCCAGCCACAGUGAUGGGUCCAGGCACAGCGACCAGUCUGUGCACAGCAAACGUUACCAACACAGAAAGCAGUCCAGGCAUAGCGACCGGUCCAGGGACAGUGACGGGUCCCGGCACAGGAAACAUUCCAGGGACAGUGAUGGGUCCAGGCACACUGACCGGUCUGUGCACAGCAAACCUUACCGACAUAGGAAGCAGUCCAGGGAUAGGGACCAGUCCAGGGACAGCGAUGGAUUCCGGAACAGCAAACGCUACCAACAAAGAAAGCAGUCCAGGCAUAGUGACCGGUCCAGGGACAGCGACGGGUCCCGGCACAGGAAACAUUCCAGGGACAGUGAUGGGUCCAGGCACACCGACCGGUCAGAGGACAGCAACCAGAUGGGACACAACAAGCAGUCCAGGGACGAUUAUGAAAGUGUUCAAACACCGAUCUCAAGAUACUCUGGGAGGUCUUUCUCAGAGCAGAGUAACAGAUCCUCUGCAUAUGAGUCCAGUCAUGCAGAGCAUCGUAGGGAAACCGACAUAAGAUUUCCUAUGGCCAUGGCAAAAUUUCAGAAAAAAGUCUUGACUAAAUUGGUGGAUAUCCACAUGGAGGUCAGAAGGAUGGGAAGAAGUGAGCCUCCCCUUUCAUCCGCCCAUAUAGAGCAGCUGGAGACGAUGGAGGAGUUUGAGAGAGAGGAGGAACGCCUUAAGGACAAGCAAGCCUUUGAGUCCCUGGUGUUGCAACUUGCAAGGAUUGGAGGGAAAGAUGUAAGGGAUUGUGUCCACAAAAUUCUUGACAGGCUCUUUACCAACCGGCUGAUGGCAAAAUUCAAUAUGAAGGGGAAGGGGAAAAAGCAAAAACUGCCCCUGGAGACGACUACAACUUUUGAAGCAAUUAAAGGUUGUCAGAUUGAAGUCCAUCUUAGUAAAGUCAGAGUCGAGUCCAAAAAGCUGCGAGUUCCACUCAAGACGGAGUCCAUAGUAGCAGCAGUCAUGAAAUGGGACAAAGAAGCUACAGAGGCUACAAUCAAGCAUCAUGCAGCAGAACAUCUUAAACAUGCUCCGGGGAGAAAAGGAGGUGGAGGGCACAUAGGGGUGGAAUGAAACAAAGUGUUUUCUUUGCAGUUUAGGGGACUUUAUACCUCCCUCUUUUUAUGUCUUUUUUCAGUUAGCCGUUUAAUUACUAAUUUAUCUAUUUGAAUGUUUCAUUUAUCAGAUUGUUCAUAUUCUGCUGAAAACAUUAAAAUGAAACAAAUAUUCUCUUUUCAUUUCAACUAUCCUCAUUUUAUAUCUUUGUUUUCCACUCAUAAGUUUAAGUACUUUAGAAUAGUUUUACCUAUCAGCUUGUUCAUAUUCUGCUGGUAACAUUAAAGAUGGGAAGAAAUAUUCUCUUGUCAUUUAAAAAAAAUUGUUUUCCCUUAAUAGAUGUCACACAUUUCCAAUUGUAAAUAAAGCUACUAAAAUGUAUUUGCACACCUAUAUCUUGUGUAUCUAAGGGGAUAGUUUACAAUUUUUUAACUGUACUUCUGCACACUGCCUUUACUAUGAAUGAGUUUUUUUUGAAUACCACGUGCAUGGUCACACAACCUUGAAACAAUAGUCUACCUGAUUUGAUUUAAAAAACUGUUUUUAAUAAAGCUGA